AAGGAACACGCACGUUUUAAUCUUAGGCGUCGUGCGCGUGCUCAGGGUCCCAAUUAAUAAGGUACUGUACAGCCGACACGGCGUAUUAUUCGUAGGCGUGUGCGUGGCUGGGGUCCCAAGCAACAGUAUAGUUUACAAUAGCAAUGGCGGACGAUCUAGAUUCUCUGCUGGAUGAGGUGGAAUCUAAGUUUUGUAACACUGUGUCCGUUAAAACAUCCAUGGCUGGAGGAAGCCGUCAGGUUGGCAGUAAUGCUGAAAGCAGAGGAGCAAGCAAAAAAACGACUGUUGUGAGGUCUUCUCGUGCACAAUUCAAUAGUGAAGGCAGAAGAGUGGAAGAUGAUGAUGAUGAUAUAGAUGAGUUCCUUGAUGAUAUAUUAAGCGAGAACAGCUUAAUGGGACAUGAAUUUGAUGCACGAUGCAAUAUGAACAAUCCCAACAAGAUUUUGGCAGAUAGGGAUUUAAGAACACGUCAGAAGGGAUCUAGGAAAAAUCAGGGAUUCUUUUAG